GAAGUGCGCUGAGGGACAGCAGGCGGCGAGGAUGCCUGGGGUCCAGCGAGAGGGAAGCGGCGCCCUGCCCCCUCCCGUGAGACUCCGGCCCCGAGGCUUGCAGAAGGGCGGGUCUUCGCUGUGUCUUCUUCAUUCUCGCCCUCGGCGGUCCGCCCGGGCUCCAGUUCCUCUUCCCCUGCGCCGCCGGGUGCGGAGCCUCCGGAGCCACAGGGACCCGCCGCGGGGACCGGAGAGGGGCCGCCGGCUGAGCGCCCGCCCGGGGCCGGGUGACCCACCGCUGAGGUCCUCCGCGCGGAGCUCCAGCACCGCCAGGUCGCUUGAAUGGGGCGCGCCCUGCCAUGGGCGCUGUGGUUGCUGCUGCUCCUGCAGGACCCAUGCAGCCUGGGGCUGUCCUGCAACGUGUCCUCGGAGGACGUGGACUGGAACGCUGAGUUCACAGCCACCUGUCUGAACUUCAGCGGCCGAGGCCUGAGCAUCCCCAGGAACGGGUCUCUGCAGGCCAGCGGCGUGCUCCUCCUGGACCUGUCUGGGAACGGCCUCCGGGAGCUCCCGUGGUCCUUUUUCGCCCGCCUGGGGAACCUGCAGAUCCUCAACGUGACCCACAACCCGCUGGACCGCGUGGACGCGGAGCUGGCCGAACGCUGCGCCCUGGACCUGCAGGCGGACUGCCGCUGCGCCCUGGCCUCCUGGCACCGGGUCCGGCAGGACAACUGCUCUGACCAGCUGCCCCUGCAGUGCCUGGAUGCGGGCACCUUCGCCUGGCGCAACCUCUCUGCCUUCCUGGAGGUCAGCUGUCCCCCUGGCCUGAGCGUGGCGGCCAUCGGGGCGCUGGCGGCCGGUGGGAGCCUGCUCCUCGGGCUCGCCGUAGCUGGCUCAUUGCUGCUCUGGAGAGCCCGGUCACGCUGGUCACCCAGGAGACAGAGCCAGGACAAAACGUGGGCUGCCCCGGGGGGGCCCAGGCCCAGCUCAGGCUGGCAGACGAGAUACAGUAGCCGGAGCCUCAGCCUUCAUCAACCAGAAGCCACCCUGCCCAGACCCCCCACACCUGACUACGAGAAUGUGUUCAUAGGCCAGCCGCCUGCCAACCACCAGCCGACCAAACACGGGCCUCACCCUUCAGAGGACACCGACUGCUACAUGAACUACGAGGACCUCCGCCGAGCCUCCCAGCCCGUCUACGGGAACCUGCAGUACCCCGGCCAGGGCCCGGCGGCCGAAGAUGAGUACGUGAUCGGGCACUGAGCCGGAACUCCAGCCUGCCCCCUUCCAGACCUCCCCUGGCCUCAGUCUCCCAGCCUGAGGAAUGGGGACAGGGAAGAACUGUCUUUGCAAGCCCUCUCCCCAGCUCCCGCUCUGCUCUUCAGACCCCUGAAGAGGAGACUCCAACACAGACACAGGGGUUCACGAUGUCAACUCCAUUGUCACCUUCCUCUCGGUGUACAGGUGGUGCCCA